AUGGCACCUUCCCAAAGAAGCACCCCUAGAGUCUCUGCCAGAGUCGCCAACCGCUCGCUGUCAUCUCAAGAUAUUGCCCAAGGCGUGUCAGUGCUCACUCAACUGGAUACCCAGCGCCAAGCAGCUCGUGCGAGUGCAGUGUCCCUGUGUCUCAUCGAACCGGAGGACGACGUCGACACGCCGUGCCCAAUCUAUCACUCAUUUCGCGCCAACGACCUCGAAAAUCCCAGCCGCCUAACCAACUUCUCUCAUCACGAGUUCGAGCGGCUUCGGAGCCAAGUUCGCAUGCACAUCACCGAGAAUUGGAACGUUGGCCGCGGUCGGAAAUGUGAACAAACUCCAAAGGACGUAUUUUCAUGUUUCUAA